CCCGCUUCCAUCAACCCAAAGUCCCACAAAUGGACUCAACUCAAGAAAGGACGUUCUGCAAAUGGCUCAACACCAAGCUGGAGGCAGCCGGCUAUCCUCCCAUGUCCAACCUCGUUAAGGAUCUCUCUGACGGCGUCCGGCUGAUCCAGCUCAUGGAAAUCAUGGGAGACACCUCGCUGGGUCGGUACAACAAGGUGCCGAGGAUGCGUAUACAGAAGGCGGAGAACGUGAACACGGCGCUCGAGUUCAUCAGACAGAGAGGUGUCAAGCUUACGAAUAUCGGUCCGGAAGACAUCAUAGAUGGCAAUCUGAAACUUAUUCUUGGAAUGAUUUGGACAUUGGUUUUGCGCUUCACCAUUGCGGAUAUCAACGAAGAGGGUCUUUCCGCGAAAGAAGGGUUGCUUCUCUGGUGUCAGCGGAAGACCGAGCCAUACAAGGAAGUCGAUGUCGAAGAUUUCUCGUUAAGCUGGUCUGAUGGGCUUGCUCUCUGUGCUUUGAUUCACCGACAUCGCCCGGAUUUAUUGGAUUACGACAAGCUGGACAAGUCGGACCGCUACGGUAAUACACGGCUAGCGUUCCAGGUUGCCGCUGAACACCUGAACAUCCCCCAAUUGCUGGAAGUCGAAGAUCUUUGUGACUCUGCGAAACCCGAUGAGCGCAGUGUGAUGACUUACAUUGCUUGUUACUUUCAUGCAUUCUCUACGAUGGACCAAGCUGAAACAGUGGCAAGGCGAGUGGAGAAGUUUGCAGAGUUGAUGCAAUCUGUUUGGGCGAGCAGGAAUGAUUAUGAGCGAAGAGCUCGAGAGUUCCUUCUGGCUAUCACGGAAGUGCAAGAACAGUGGGGAGCCAGCAAGUUCAAAGGGACUUAUGUCGACGCAAAAGAACAAUCCUCAUUAUUCACCGCCUACAAACAAACAACGAAACGUCGAUGGGUCGCAGAGCGGCAAGACAUAUCAACCCUUUUUGGCAAUAUCCAGACGAAGUUGCGGACAUAUGGACUCCGGGAGUAUAUACCACCACAAGGGCUUGGUCUCGCUGAUCUUGACGAUGCAUGGAAUGUCCUUUUGAAAUCUGAAGCUACUCGGUCACGAGCUAUCAAUGCCCAGAUUCGGCAAAUCAAGGAGUCUCUUCGAAAGGAAUUUGCAGACGUCGCAAAUGAUUUCUAUCAGCGAUUGCAAACUAUAUCUAUCGAGCUGGCAGGAGUAGAGGGUCCUCUGGAGCUGCAGCAACAGCAAAUACAGAAGAUACAGACUCGUCUUCCCGCGCUCUCAGCAGCUCUCGAGCAUGUGGUAGAUGUUCAGCGGCAAUGCGAUGCCGCAAACGUGGAUGAGAACGAUUAUACCAUAUUCACUGCUGACGAUCUGGAGUAUGAGCUCGGGCUUGUCACUCAGGGCAUCGCGAAGAAGAUCAAGUUCAUCGACAACCAGAUUGUCUCCAGGAACAUGUCGAACCUCACACCAGCGCAGCUUGAGCAGUUUGAGAGCGCAUUCCGCUACUUUGACAAGGAUGAGGUCAACGUCCUUAAUUUGUCGCAAAUGACUUCUGCGCUUGCAAGUUUGGGACUCGUGUACUCGGAUGAAGAUAUGAAUUACAUUUAUGACCAGCUGGUUCAGGACUACGGCGCGAUUACUUUCGAGGCUUUUAUUAACCUUCUGGUGGACAUUACCGAAGAUCAAACAUCAGCAGAACAGCUGCGCGAGGCGUUCCGUGGUAUAGCGGCAGACAAGACCACGCACGCGCAGCCAUAUGUAACGGAGCUGGACCUGCGGCUGGCGCAUCUGCCUGCGAGCGCGAUCGAGUACCUGCGGGAGGCAAUGCCGACGAGCACGAACGAGGUCGGGGAGCCGCAGUACGACUACGAGCAGUGGCUAGAUAAGGUGUUUGAGUGAUUUGUACGUAGAUUUUAA